ACAGAACGUCACCGAGGUUUGUUUACAAAAGUGUUCGCAACAGCUGAGCUGACGUGUAGUAGAGUAGACCGUGUGAUAGGCCUAGCUUUAUACAGGUAGGCCUAAAUGCCAAACUAUUUACCUAGGCCUACGUGGAACGAGGCAUAGGCCUACUAAAGAGCACCGUAGCCCAGGAGUUUUGCCCAAGAAGAAUCGAGCGAGGAUGGUUUCGAAAAGUCAGUUUUUUUUCACUUUGUUGCUCGGCCUGGUUGCUGUGCUUUAUCAGAUUGACACAGAUCCUGGAAUAUGGGAAGCCUCCGAGUCGGGACAUAUUUAUGCUUCCAGAGAACAGCUAGAGAGGUUCAUUUCAAAUCCUGACUCAAUUGAAAAAUGGUUCCGAUGGGUCUCUCUCUUCAAGGCAGCUGACAGCAGACCUUUUGGCAUUGGGAAAAAAUUUCAAGCCAUCUACAAUGUUCCACUCUUAGGUGAAUAUAUGAUGCUCUUUAGAGUCACAAAAUACCAACCCAAUAAGCUGAUAGUAUUAGAGACCGAUUCUCUAGUCAAGCCACGUUUCACAGUCAUGAUGGAAGAUGGUGGAUCGAAAGGGACCCGUCUGACCUUCAAGUUGAGGUACAGACGUGCUUCUGCGCUAUUCCAGUGGACUGUAGGACCAUUUUUAUAUUUCCUGACUGGCCAGCAACUGCAGCACUCGCUUUUCAUGCUGAGAAUGAUGUUUCCUUUCUGACAGCUUCAAGAGUCGGUGAAUCCCGUCAAAACUACCGUGCAAUUGAUGUCUUCAAUUUAAGCAAAUGAAAGAUGUAUUGGCAAUUUUUAAGGAAAUAUUAUUAUUAUAUAUAGUAUUAUUCAGAAGAUGAACCCUACUCAUAUGGAAAAGGGCCAUAGGAGCCACGACUUGAAAUUCAAGCUCCUAAAGAAUAUGGUGUUCAAUUGAAAGGAGGUGGUAAUGGGAAAUACAGAAAGCAGUGAUCAAUUAUUAGAAAAGUAGAUAAAUUAACAAAUUUUUAAAUAAAGAUAUAAAAAUUUAAGUAAAAUAUUAAAAUACAAGCCGAGUUGUAUUACGGUGGUAAUGCACUGCAUCUUCACUGGAACCUUCAAAGUUCCAAUUUUACGAGAGUGUCUUCAUGAAGGUUACCUCUCCUUCUAUUCAGUACGUGAAGAAUCAGUGGAAGGUUGGUACAAUGCUAAAAUUAUCAUUACUUAGCAGUGUGAUUUUUCCAAGAUAAAAAUAUGAGGUCUCUAUUUGUAACAUGCAGAAUAUGUUGUUGAGUGAAAUUUUGAGGAUUUAUUGUGGCUUUGGAAAGAUGUAAGUGGUUAAUGAUAAUCACAGAAGUUAAUUUUGAUGUAGGGAGUCUUUGAGUAUACUUCACCUCCUUUGCUGGUAGGUACUGUUCUCAAUACCUGUAGUAUAUUCAUUAUAAAAGAGGCGCCAAAAGGCUAGAACAUGCCAAGCGAGUUUCUACAGAACCUAAUACUUUUUAUUGAAACAAAGCAAAAGGUAAUAAAUCUGAAAGCUAUGGUAUAUUUCAACAAUUAAUGCUUAUCUUAAUAAGUGGAAGCUAUACACUAUACAGUAUAAGGAAAGUUUACUUGAUUGUACUCUCAAGCAAGGUCAUUCAAACUUACAACUUAAAGGUCACAGCAAAGAUGUGGCAUAGCCUAGAGUAAGAGGAUACUGGUCACAAGUUCAAGACUUGGUUUAAGACAACUAAAUGUUGUCUGAGGUGCUACACAUAGCAAUAGGACUUCAUGGCUUGUCUUUUGUCUGUUUAGAAUUCUAAAUUAAAUUGUCAUGGAGGAUUGAGUUACAAGUUAAGUUAAGAGUUAAUCACAGAUGCAUUGCAGAUUGUGAUCUUUGUGGUUAUAUUAUGAGUGUGUAUACAUGUACUGCUUCGACUGUGUUAGUCAUUUUAUUCUGACCAAAAAGAACAUUACCAGUUAGAAGUUGAGUCUAGGCCUCCAUCUGUGAUCUUUUUCUGUAUUUUUCCAGGCAUCAGAAGAACUCCACUACCGAUAUCAGAACUUGAAUGAUCACAUAUGCUGUAUGAUCUAAAUAAAUGCACAUUCCAAGUCAUAGUAAAGUUAUGUCAGGUUAGUGAUAUUAAGUGAGAAAUAUAAAUGGAACAUGAAGAAAUGCAGAAAGUACCAACAAGACCGGUUAGUGCAGUUAAUUUUAAAAACAAGUUCCUAUAUGUACAAUAAAAAUUCAUGUAUGAAUAACAUCAGAUUAACCAAAAAAAAAAAAAAAAAAAAGUGAUAUUUUUAAGAAAACUAUGCGCUUUCCUAGGUCAAUCAUGACUUUGUGUUUGUAGGGACCACAACUUCUUAUUACCAUAAUAUGGAGAAAAGUAUUGGGAAUAUUCCAAUACAGUACUUACAACAUUAUAUACACUACCUAAAAAGCAAUUUUUCUAUGAGCCUGAUGAAGACGCAGUAUUUUUUCCAUCCUACAUAAAACCUGUCGGUGACGUGUAGUAUGUAAUAUCCCUGUGUAUAAUGUGUUGUGCAAUCCAUUAUCUUUUUUAUCAAGUUUGGUUGUCAGCAAAAAAAAAGAAAAAAAAAACUCACUUUACAGUAUGUAAACAGUACAGUACAAGAAAUAAUUUUUAUGAAUGAAUCAUGGCAAGCCAGUGUAUAUUGUGCCACUGGAAAAACUACCAAAGAUAUUUGUGAUAAUUAGAAACAAGGUGUUUUACUUCUUGUGGAGCUUAGCAAGUCAACAAGUAAAGUAACUGAUUUAUGAUUUUAGUGAGGUUUUAGGUUUCUUGAUGUUUAACAAUGCCCUAUAUGUAUGUUAUUUGUCUGUUCACAUUGAAUACUGUUGGGACAUAUAUGCCAUGUGUGUGUGAGGUGAUAUCAGUUAUGCUUCUCUGCUUCUGUUUGUCAUAAACAUACUCAACAUUAUCUGGCACCAGAUCUUGGCUUUUUGCAGAUAAGGUAGCCCUUAAUAUUCAUCUGUACACUUCCCAGCCUUUAUUAGUGUAAAUUCAUGAGAGAUUCAUUAAAAUAUGAAGGCUGCAUAUGAGCCAUGAUUACCAAUAGAAUUUAAGUGUUGGUCAUUGUGGGGUUCACUGAACUUGCCCAUUUUGCGUGUGACAUUUGAACUUGUUUUUUUUUUCAGUCUGUGUUUGCAUGUGUUUCAGACUCAGACUGGUGAUGUUUGAAUACUGUUUAUGUGGUGACUUAUGCUAAGAUUUUGUGUCAUUAACUGCUAAAUAUAAGUCCAUGAGAUUAUCAACAACACUAAUUUGAUACUAUAAAAGAUAUAUUUAUGCUUUUGGGCAAUCUAUUGAGGGACUAUUGCUGCUUUUUCCCAGAGUAGACCUUUAAUGGGAUAAUGCUGGUUGACUCCUGACAGUGCUGUUGUCUAGUGACUGUCGUAUUUAACUUUUAGGCAUUUGAUAGAAAAUUUAUAUGGAUACUAUUUUACACACCACUGUAACCCAUGUUAGAAGAAUCUGACUUCUAAGAAUAGAAACUUUUCUAUGGAGCAUAUGCUUUUUUACUCUAAAAACUUGAAAAAUUUUACUUUUUAUUUAAGAAAAAUUUUUCCUAGAUACAAAGCCAUUGUACUUUUACUUAGCCUUUCAAACAGAUUAUCAUGCAUUUGCUGAAAAGCCAUAGUAAAAGUAAUGAGCUUAUGGUGACCCAAAUGGCAAUUUGAUUCAUGAACUCUUGUGUUGUAAACUGUUGUGAUGGAAUUUUGCUCAGUGGAUUUAGAAAGUGUUGUCCAUUGUUAAAGUGCUGAAUUACUUUACGUAUCUCUAUGAACAUUUUGUUCGACUUCAUGCUCAUGUAUUGUGGGUGAAGAGACAGAAUGAUCAAGUUGGCCCCCAAUCUUUCAUUCAGUGAAAUCUUUAUAGGUGAGAGCAAAUGUGCUUUUAGCCAAGAAGUACUACGUACAAUACGCAUGCUUUGGUAAGGGUCCAAGAACUUUGCUCUGUGUAAUCUGUGCUUUUGUCCAUUGCUUGAAUAGCAUUGAGACUGAUAUCUAAGGAAAAUUUAAGGCUGUCUUACUUCAACUGUAGCAGUUUUAUUGCUUUUACAGUUUUUUUACUCAUUGUUAAAAAGACUGUAACUGUUUACAUUAAGCAUUUUUUGUUGUUGCUGUACCAAGUUUAAAUUUGAUAUGUGUUUUUAAUUUAAUUACUGAUUUAGAUUUGUAAUUACCGUACCUUUGGCUACAUUUCUUUGAGACGCUUAGCAGUUUUUAUUGGCAAGAGUAACUAAGUGCCAUGUUUAAUGAUACUCAAGCUGUAAAUUUGAAUUACUGGAAAUGAAAAAGCUAACUAUCAUUCCAUUUGAUUAUUUUUAUGCAUAGUUCACUAGUUAACUUUUGCAUUAAAAAUAUGGGCAAAAUUGGUAAUAUCUGUGUAAUGUGAAGUACAUAUGGCAUUUUGUUGAUUCUCCACAGCAACCUUUUGUAAUCGUACACAGCAGAAUACAGUACAUGGUUGGGCUGUGUUUAGAAAACUGCUAUGUUUAUAAGCUGAGACAUUUUUCUGUACACUGUAAUUUUGAAUUUACCUUGGCCUUUGUUUUCCUGUAUCAUCAUUGAUUAUUGCAUAAUGUUUUGAUUUGCAGUGCAUGUUACUCAGCUUGCACUGGUUAUUCAAAAGUCAAGUUUGUUAGAGAUUGAAACUUCAAGGCCGGUUGAUUUUUGAAGUGCAUUUCUAGUAAAGUUUUGAGUGUGUUCCUACAGUCUGUGUGUGUAUGCACGAGUUGUGUGUAUGCACAGGUGUGCGAGUCCAUAGAAUGUAUGCACCUAAGUGCCUUAAUCUCAUUGUGUGAAUAAGUAGCACUCCAAGACUCAUGUGAUGUUACUUUUGACUUAAUGAUGAAAACUGAUGUUAAAAUUUUUUAUUAAUGAUGCAGUGCUGGAUUUGUAAAUGAUAUAAAACAUUUACAUCAUGCAUUAAGAAGUAGAAAUAGUAACUUUCUUUUAUAAAGGUUUCUGUGGUGCUUAUACUACUCUGCUGUGGUUCAGCUCUUAGGAAAUCCCUGUUUGAUUUGUAAAAUUUUAGCUUAGGGAUAUACCUCUGGUUGGUAUAUGCAAUACCAAAGUGUAGGAUGUGUAAAGGUACUGAAAUACAGUACCCAAACAUGCCAUUUGAUUUGUUGUAUGAGUUUGAACUGUUUGAUAGCCUUCUUGUCUUUAAAAUUUCCAUAAGUUGCCAGUUGAUUUGGUACAUGGGAGUUUAACAGUAAGUUUUUUUUUUUUUUUUUAGAUGAGUAUACUUAAAAAUAGAAUAGUGGCCAGCUUUCAUAUUGUACUGGAAAAGUUGGUUAUUUGAUACUGUCAUAAAAAUAAAAGAUUCUUUCAUUCACUUCA